UCCAGAACACUUUUAUUUUAUUGUGGUUUUCAAUGGGCUUCUUCCUGUUGGGUGUUGCAAUGUGUUGCUUGGUUAAACACCAAAUGAGUGACUCAUCUGUAGAGUCUGGAGUUGCUUUUCCAGAGAGAUGAAGAUCAUUGAGGACAGGCGGCAUUGUUUGUAGUGUUGUUGUUUGGUGGUAAGCAAUGGCAAUCUAGUUUUGGGAGACGAUAACAUCUUUGAUGCGAAAUAGAACUUUAAUCCUAAAUGAUUAAAUCAUGAAGACAAGUGGAGGUUUUGCACAUUGAAGCAAUAGAAACAUAUUUUAGGUUCCUGCAUCAUUUCAGUUUCUUGUCCCCCCCAUUAUGCCAUUUUCUCUUAGCAUCCACAGUGAGAACAUUCAGUUUCCAGCAGCCUUGUGUGGCCCCAUCCAUGGACAAGUACCAGCAGAGCAGCCCUGUGGAUGGGGAGUCUUGAUAAAGAUGAUCUUUGACUAGCUUUUAUCCUAAAAACAGUGCUACAUUCCUUUCAAAUAGUGGAUUUAUUAAUUUAGCAGUAUACAAUGGAACCUCGGUUAGCAUUUUUAAUGACUUCCAGAAGUUCUGACUCUAAACGAAUCAAGAGAUCAUACAAAUUUGUUUUACAAUUGUAGUUUUACAUGCAGAGAAAAAUUGCCACCGCAUAUAAAUGAUGAAUGAAAGGGAUAAAUGAACAGUUCAGGUGGCUUGUGAUUCUUUACAAAUAUGGCCACCUUGAAUGUUCAUUUAGCUCUUUUUCAUUCAGAAUUUAUAUUGAUUCUGAAUAGUUUUAUGCAUGUAAAAGUAUAAAAACGUGUUUUCUGUUAACAUUUUGACACCACAGACUGGCCACCUAACUUCCGGUCCUGGUUGCCAUUUUGUUCACUAGCUAACAGGACGCUAGCAUCCUAAUUAAUUAAGAAAUGGAUACUGAUGUUAUGAAUAUAGAGGUUCUACUGUAUACUUUAAAAAAAAUAGUAUAUUGAGGGCUCUUUGACCGGUGUUUUAGUAGUAGGUCGUCUUCCAUUGUGAAUCGUGUCUUUAACGUUACUGCCACAACGCUUGUCAAUCUGUUCAGGAAGUGACAGUUCUCCGUCCACCAAUCAAUGCACUGCAGUGUUUCUAGCUCCGCCCACUCCAGGUAGCCUACCAAGACGUGUAUGCUAAGUAGUAUAUUAUGCUUAUUUUACAACGUCAAAGCCAAAUAAUGGGGCCAAGGUGUGUCUUGUGAGGUGGCCCUCGUUGGUUGUUCCGUCUGAGGAACUUUGGAACCGAGAAGACGACGAAGUGACAUAAAACUUUUAUCAUGUUUGCGCGGCACACUUUCCAAGCCCCGCCCCCCUCUCCUUCCAGCGCUGGGAGGUUCUAGAGUUCCCGAGUCGCUGCUCUGCCAUUGUUGUUCCUCUCCGGGACGUCGGCGUGUGUGGACUGUGUGGUCGGCCGCGUCCUAGCGAGCGAGCGGCGCUCUGUCUGCUAUGACGGGCUCCGCUCCGAGGUUGGGGGUCCUGCUGCUGGUGGCGGUUCUUCUGCAGACGGUCGUGGUCACCAUCACGGUGCUGCACUUCUCCACCUCGCUCAACGCGAUGAAGGAGACCUUCGCCAGGAGCAGCGUUUCCUGUCUGAAGGGUUCUGACCUGCACAGCAUCUCAGCGGUCCAAGGUGACCCGUGUUGGAAGGUCACGCAGCAGCUUCACCUCCUCAUCGAGAAGUCCUUGUCCCAGCGCUACCAGAAGCAGAUCUCCUCGGCGGUGAGAGAUGAAGUAUCUCGGGUUCUGCCCUCGCUGGGGACGGGGGACAGGACAUCGCCUCGGCCUCAGGUUGCUGCCCACGUCACGGGAAGCUUCAUCCCUCAGCUGGAGAGAGAGGGAGUCGCAGGGACGGGCGGCAGGCGAGUUCACGGCCAGAAGAUCACGUGGUGGGAGGGUCAAAAGGGGCUGGCCUUCCUCCAGGACGUCCAGCUGGUGGAUGGCGAGCUAGUGGUGCCACGCCCCGGCCUCUAUUACGUCUACGCCCAGACGUACUUCAGACACAUCAGCUCCUUGGAGGGCGACGCCACGGAGGACGAGGCGGUGGGGGACACGGGAAGGCCUCUGCUGCAGUACAUCUAUAAAAAGGUGAGCACCUACCCUGUUCCCAUCCUGCUGAUGAAGACCAGCCGCACCUCCUGCUGGUCCCGGGAAUCCCAAUUCUCACUGCACUCGGCCCACCAGGGCGGGCUUUUCGCACUCAGCCCCGGGGACCGCCUCUUUGUCACGGUGACCAACGCCUCUGCCGUGGACAUGGACGAGAAAAGCAGCUUCUUCGGGGCGUUUCUCAUCAGCUAAGACGCCCACGGACCCACAGAGGAGGCGCGGUCAAACUUUUGACGGAACCUGUCAAGUCAUCACUUGGCGAAUGCUGACGCACAGAGACACAACGGCACAGGUAUGAUUGGCACAACAUACUUGCACUACCCGACUCGGCCACUAGAGGGCUCCCAUCCACACAGCAACAGUGUUCACAGGUGAUAAGCUUUAAAGUUACAUUUUCUUAUUUACACUCACUAGCGUACAUUUUGGAAAUCAGACACUUCAAUUGUUCAAUCACUCCAGCUUAUGUAGCUGUGCAUUAAUCUAUGUAAAGAUGCUAAUAAUUAACUAUUUUUGGUCAUCUAUUGUUCACGGCCACCGGAAAAGUCAUUGUGUGCUAGCCAAAUUCCAAAUGUGGGUGGGGACAAACUUUUGUUCAAUCUCAUCUCUCCUGACUGCCAAACAUCCCACAGUCGUGAAUGCAGCAUUAUUCUUAAAUGUCAUUAUAGAUCAACCCAUUUUGAUACAUUUUAAUCUAUAAAAAAGGUGUAAAUCAAAUGUGAAUGUAAAUAGGUUUUAUCUGUAAAUGUGUGAAAUAAAUUGAUGUGAAAUACU